GCGCUUUGCGUCUCGAAGUUGGUUGGUUGCAUUUGUUUUUUAUUCGCGUUCUAUUUUUGUGUGUGACGGUUCCGUUCCGUGCCGUCCGGCGGAAAAGGUUUAUAAUUUACAGAUUUUAAUGAUUCUCGAUUAGAUUAACGAAUUAAUUGCGAAAUACCUCCCGAUUGCGAUAUAUCUUCAAGAUGCAGAACGGAGACGAUAAUCCAGCGGCGGCGGACGCACCCAAGCCUGUCCCAGAAGAGAUCACCAAGCAAUCCUUCCGUCUUAAAGUAUGGCGGCACUUGGAGAGCAACGGCUUAGCCAUGUUCCCCCGGCCUGUCUACAACCGCAUACCCAACUUCAAGGGCGCGCUCGAGGCCGCCACGAAGCUGGCAGAGCUGGACAUCUUCAAGAACGCCACCACUGUCAAGGUCAACCCUGACAAGCCGCAGGAACCCGUCAGAGUCCUGUGCUUGGAACAGAAGAAAACCCUGUACGUGCCGGUUCCCCGCCUGCAGACUGGGUUCCUCAACCGCUUAGAGCUGCCGGAAGGCGAGACCGGCCCGGCGGCCUUCAAGAAGGCCGUGUCGCGUAAUGGCAUGGAGACUUACGGCAAGAGUAUUGGCAUUGAAGACUCCGUCUCCCUGGACCUGGUGGUGAUGGGUUCCGUGGCCGUUUCCAAGGAGGGGUACCGCAUCGGCAAGGGGCGCGGCUACGGCGACCUGGAGUUCGGCUUGAUCAUGCACAUGAAGGCCGUCAAGCCCAACACCAUUGUAGUCACCACCGUGCACGAUUGUCAGGUGUUUGACACCUUACCAGCCGAGUUGUUUGGCCCUCACGACGUUCCCAUUGACGUCAUCGUCACACCAACUCAGGUGAUCGAAACACAGAGGAUGAGCCAGCGGCCGCCUGGCAUCAUCUGGCACCUGCUCUCCAACCGCCGCGUCGAGCUCAUGCCAGUACUGGGACAGUUGCGAGAGAUCGAAAUGCUAGCGGGUCGCGCGUGCACGCUGGCGGAGGUGGACACGGAUGUGGAGGAACGCGCGGCGCAGCGCGUGCGCAAGGUGCGGCGCCGCACCAGGUCGCACAAGAGCCAGAGCGAAGGCGAGGGCAACACGACGGAGGGCGAGGAAGGCAAGAGCGCCAAGCCGCGCCGCGGGCCGCGCCGCAACAGCGGCAAGGCCAAGCCAGACAAGGACGACCACAAGCCGCGCCGCACGCGCAAGCAGAGACCCGUCAUCGACUUCUCCGUCAAGAUUUCGAACAUUAGCCCGAACACGCGGGUGCGCGACUUGAAGCAAGCUCUCUCCGAGCGCGGGGUCAAACCUCAAAUAAUGGUUUGGAAGGGUUUCCGUGGAUACUGCUACCUACACUUUUUCAAGCCUGGACCACAAAAGGGGGAGGGCGACAGCGCGGCCACGGUGAACAUGGACAGCGUGAUAUCCGCGCUGGCGGAGAUGUCUGUCGGCGGCAGCGGCGGCGAGUCGCCCAACCGCGACGACAAGCCGCGCCUGCUCGCCGUGGAGCCCGCGCCGCCGCGCGAGCCCCGCGUGCCGAGGGACCAGGCCGCGCAGGACGCGCCCGCCGCGCCAGCCGCAGCCGCGCUAGCGCCGGCAGCGGCAACCGCAGAGCCGCGCCUGCUCGCCGUGGAGCCCGCGCCGCCGCGCGAGCCCCGCGUGCCGAGGGACCAGGCCGCGCAGGACGCGCCCGCCGCGCCAGCAGCAGCCGCGCUAGCGCCGGCAGCGGCAACCGCAGAGCCGCGCCUGCUCGCCGUGGAGCCCGCGCCGCCGCGCGAGCCCCGCGUGCCGAGGGACCAGGCCGCGCAGGACGCGCCCGCCGCGCCAGCAGCAGCCGCGCUAGCGCCGGCAGCGGCAACCGCAGAGAAACAGAGCAUCGGACGACCCAACCACCCGAGUUGCCCAACCGCCGUGGACGCAUCCGCUACGCCAGCCGUAGAGAAACAACAGAGCAUCGGACGACCCAACCAUCCGAGUUGCCCAACCACCGUGGACGCAUCAGCUCCGCCAGCCAUAGAAGUAACUAGUCAAUCAUGUGUUUAA